GAUGUUCCGCCGGACGUACACGGCCGUGGGGCCCAGCUACUCCACCUCUGUCCUCAACUGCCUGAAGAGCCUCGACCUGUGGUGCUUCGACGUCUUCGCUCUGAACCGGGUGACGGAGGAGCACUCCCUGCGGACCAUCGUCUACGAGCUCUUCACCCGACACAACCUCAACAGUCGCUUCAAGAUCCCCGCCGUGUUCCUCACCACGUUGCUGGACGCGCUGGAGGCCGGCUACGGGAAGUACCGGAACCCCUACCACAACCAGGCGCACGCUGCCGACGUCACCCAGACCGUCCACUGCUUCCUGCUCCGUACCGGCAUGCUGCACUACCUGACGGAGAUCGAGGUCCUGGCCAUCAUCUUCGCUGCCGCCAUCCACGACUACGAGCACACGGGCACCACCAACAGCUUCCACAUCCAGACCAAGUCGGACUGUGCCAUCCUCUACAACGACCGCUCGGUGCUGGAGAACCACCACAUCAGCGCCGUGUUCCGCAUGAUGCAGGACGACGAGAUGAACAUCUUCGUCAACCUCACCAAGGACGAGUUCGCGGAGCUGCGGGCCCUGGUCAUCGAGAUGGUCCUGGCCACCGACAUGUCCUGCCACUUCCAGCAGGUGAAGUCCAUGAAGACGGCGCUGCAGCAGCUGGAGCGGAUCGACAAAUCCAAGGUGCUGUCGCUGCUGCUGCACGCGGCCGACAUCAGCCACCCCACCAAGCAGUGGGCGGUGCACAGCCGCUGGACCAAAGCGCUGAUGGAGGAGUUCUUCAGGCAGGGUGACAAAGAGGCCGAGCUGGGGCUGCCCUUCUCGCCCCUCUGCGACCGCACCUCCACGCUGGUGGCCCAGUCUCAGAUCG